AAGUACUUCCGGUGGCAACUACAGCGAAGAAGAAAUCGCUAAUUCGGAGGUUUGGCUGUUGUGCUCCUAGGUUUUUAUCAUUGAUAUUAAGCUAAAAUAAAUAUAAACACCUCGACACAAACCGUUUCAGGAUUCCAAUUGCAUCUUCCUGAAACGUUUGCGAAACACCGUUGGACACUGGGAUUUGGGGCGGCAGGGUAGCCUAGUGGUUAGAGCGUUGGACUAGUAACCGGAAGGUUGCGAGUUCAAACCCCCGAGCUGACAAGGUACAAAUCUGUCGUUCUGCCCCUGAACAGGCAGUUAACCCACUGUUCCUAGGCCGUCAUUGAAAAUAAGAAUGUGUUAACUGACUUGCCUGGUUAAAUAAAGUUUUUAAAAAAAAAUGUAACUAGCCAGCUAAGUUUGCCACGUUAUUAAUUAGCUAGGUAGCUAACGCUAGCUACAAUUGCUAGCUCUAGUACACCGUUUGGCGCUGGUAGAAUGGCGGAGGAGGAAGACGAAACCAAUUUCGACGAGGAUUUGGAUGACGGGGCGGGUGGAACAGAUGGGAGCCACGGCAAGCGAAAACGGUUGUUUUCUAAAGAGCUUCGGUGUAUGAUGUAUGGGUUUGGAGACGACCAGAAUCCAUACACUGAAUCAGUGGACAUCCUGGAGGACCUUGUGAUCGAGUUCGUCACGGAGAUGACACACAAAGCCAUGUCCAUCGGACGCCAGGGCCGUGUCCAGGUGGAAGACAUUGUUUUCCUCAUCCGGAAAGAUCCAAGGAAGUUUGCCAGAGUGAAGGACCUCUUGACGAUGAACGAGGAGUUGAAGAGAGCCCGCAAGGCCUUUGAUGAAGCAAACUAUGGUUCUUAGGUCCUGUGAUUGUAGAGGGAUAUGGGCUUCAACAUGUCGCAUUGUCCAUGCUGUUUGUUCUGCUAUGAUUAUUACACAUGUUUUUAUAAGGAUCUAACGUUUAUUUUGUAGCAGAUGUGGCCAUAGAGAUAUUAAUUGACCAUCCACUUGUGACUUCAGAUAUGUUUGUGCUCAUGUCAAAUGCCAAUGCCUUACAUAUCUUUAUCAAAAUCAUAUUUGUGUGGUUUUCUGGCAGACUAGAUGCUAUGUUGCUGCCUUUCAGUUGGGAAUUGCACGUUUGUUCACAAAUAAUUUCUCAAUCUAAUAGCGUAGACGAACAGGAUGGCAGGUAGCGGAGUGUUUUGCUGUUUCGAAUACCCGAGCUGACACUGAAAGAAAUGGUCAAUUUGUAAGUCGCUCUGGAUAAGAGCGUCUGCUAAAUGACUUAAAUGUAAAUGUCUGUACCCUUGAGCAAGGCACUUAACCCUAAUUUGUUUUAGGGGGCUGCCUACUAUGACUUACCCUGUAAAACAUCCCAUUUCACUGCACUUAUCCGGUGUAUGUGAAACCUAAUACUGGAAAGUUCUCACUAAAGUAAUAUAUAAUAAUAAUAUAUGCCAUUUAGCAGACGCUUUUAUCCAAAGCGACUUACAGUCAUGUGUGCAUACAUUCUAAGUAUGGGUGGUCCCGGGAAUUGAACCCACUACCCUGGCGUUACAAGCGCCAUGCUCUACCAACUGAGCCACAGAAGGACUGUCUGAAGGAUAUUGCUUUGCAGUAUAAAUCAUGUCAUGUGAGCUAACUUUGCUCUUGUGAGAGGAUUGUCCCAUUCAUCGCUAAGGAUAGGCAUAGUGAAAUUAAUACAGUAACUUACACCUUUUGACACAGUCUUCCAUCCUUUACGGAGAUAUUUCAGGACAUGGCCCAGAGGGGAGGUCAAUGUAGACUUUCUAUAUGAAUCCAUGGAUGGGUUUUUGUUCCAUGGAUGGGUUUUUGUUCCAGAACCAUUUAACUUGCUCCUACACCUUUAGACAGUGGAUAUAUAGUGUUAUAGUUGAAUUAACUAUUUGGCCUGUUCUGUUAUUAAAUGUUUGCAAAUGAAUGCACAUGGACCUAACUGCACGCAAGAAAACUGCAGGACUGAGUUUAUUCUUUGUCUCUUAACCCUGGGUUUCCCCAAACUCUGUCCUGGAGCCCUCCCCAGGCACACCUUUUGUUUUUUUUAACCCAAGGACUACACAGCUGAUUCAAACAACCAACUCAUCAAGCUUUGAAUCAGUUGUGUAGUGCUAGGGCAAAAGGUGCACCCCUUGGGGCAGGACCAACUUUAGGAAACCCUGCCUUAACCCACUAUCAGUACUCUAUUUUAAGUGGGACUCCUUUGGCUACUUAGUUUGCAUAAUCAAUAUAUUAAAAACUUGCCAGGA